GGGUCUGGGCUUUAUUAUGCAGGAUUCGCUUGUGUUCUUGGUGGUCUUUUUAUAUACCACGUUAAUCCUGCAGAAGAACCUAAGUUUGAACGUGAAUAUGAUGAAGAAGAACUUGCUAAUAAUGUUAAUGAAAAAGACUUGGAGUCAUCU